UGCUUUGUUGGUGAUUGUGUUUCUUGUGUCUUGUUCUUGGUAACUGCUUUGUGUGGAUGUCUGUUGAAUGCAGUUCCCAUUAGCUAAAGAGCUCUUCUCACUCAAAAGCUCUUUCCUUUUACAAAUAACUGCAGUCUAUAUGUGAUGACAACUCAUGUGUAAUGACUUUGUGAUCUCAUUGUCCUUGAUGGCUAACUUUUACCAGCAUGUAAAUAGUUUUCAAAUAAAGGUCAAUUUCUCUAAGACCAGGAAACAACAGGAAAAUGUUUUUUAUAGGCACUGGUGAGUUUUGAGAUUUCAGGAUAUUUUACUUCCAAAACACAUUUUUUCUCAAACUAAAAAAAGAAAAAUAUUCAAAAUGUACAUUUAGGGUUUGAUUUUUCUAUAAUUUAUAACAAGAUAUCAUAAAUGUAAGAUUUCAGAUAACUUCAAAAACAAGAAAUAAUUCUGUAAAUAGUCAGCUGAGGAAGUUCUGUGGGGAAUCCUAAUAGUUAAAAUGUUUAACUUUAAAAUGUGAUUUACAUCCUAAAAAUGUAGAAUUUUAUAAUACAUAUCUUCAGUCUGUUUUUUACGGUGGCCGACAGGGGCCAACGAUCUGCAACUUACCAAAACUCCUCAGUUUAGGAAAACAGCUUCAAGUACAGAAACGAUGCAAAAUCACAAACUCAAACACAGGUCUAAACGAGGUACAAAAGAGGAUCGUGGUGCAAAUGAAAUAACGUGCUGAAAAAAACAAAACGCGCUGCUGAAAGAGGAACGAUGCAAAGGAGAAAACGAUCUCCAAAUCAAAAAACGAUCUGCAAACUAAAAAACGAUUUCAAAACCAAGAAACGAUCUUCCAAUGAAAAACGCUGCAUUACCGGUCACUACGAACGGAACUGAUCCAAACCAGCAGGGGGUGCUCCCGGCGUAACAGAUGGGAUGGAGAGAGAGACAGGACCGGACAGCUGCCUGAACCAGUGUCUUUGAGUGAACAACUGUGCAUAAAAAUACAACGCGAACGGUAAUGUGACUUUCAUUUGAGUAUAUUUAUUAUGAUUAUGUUUGUAUCACUACAUAUAAUGCUGCACAUACGAGGCGUUUAUUUUAUUGUGUGUUACACCAGACGUUGCAAGGCAGCACAUUAGCCUGAGAAAUAAGCUAAAUUUAUUAGAGAUUCCCUUAUUACAGUUCUCCAUACCUAAAACAUGUCUUUUUUCUUUUGUAGAUGUACUGUCCAUUCUGUGGAUCUGUGCUUGGAGCUUCCGAUGCCUUUUGCUGUGCAUGUGGCAAAAAUAUAACUUUUUUAAAGCAUGUCAAAGUGGAGACACCUGCAAAAUCAACUUGUGCAUCUACUGAUGCACAAGUUGAUUUUGCACAACCCAGCACCAGUGCAGGUAAACAGAUUCAGGAUUUUGUAACACAAAAUGAUUAUAAGUGGGCUUGAAAUGUUCAGAUCAUGUUUUUGUAUACAAAAUCACUUCUAAAUAUCACUAUCUUGGUUCAGUAACUGGCAUUUUAGGUGUACUAAAAUGUCCUACAGAAAGUAAUUUUAUUUAAACAUAAUUAAAUGUAAAGUCAAUAAAAACAUCAGUAUGUAAGUACUUUGUUUUCUUUCCCAGAGGGAAAUUCAAGCAUGGAGAGAUUUAUGCAGUUUAGGGCAGUUAAAGAAAGGGAGAGAAAGUCUUUCUUUUCAAAGAAGCAUCAGGCCUCUCGGAGUGAAAAGACACAGAAAUCUGUGAAGAUUAAUGUUGGAGUUAUGAGGUUGACUGGUGACUCCCUAAAACCUGUAAGAGGGAAAUCACUCCCUCUUGACAUUCAGCCUCAGUGGUCAUCAGAGAAGCUAUUGGCUGCUGCUGUUAAAAAACAGACAGAUUUUAACCAGGACAUGCAAGAUGUUGUCCAUUUUUUGUUGUACCCUGAUGGCAGACAAGUGACAAACAUCCCAGGAACAGAUGAGCCUUUCACUGUCCAGAAGUACAAGGACGCAAUAGGGAAGGCGUACCAGAAAAUAACACUAUACAUAUGCACUGCAGAGGAUUUUGAAACCAGUUGUUGUACUGGGCAGUCUUCUAGUGAUGACAGUGUGGUCCAUGUCAACUUGCCGUCUGUGGAAACGGAUCUCUCUGACACUGUAGUCUGGGACAUUCCAGAUAACGUGAGCACCCCAAAAAUGGGAGACCUUUUGCAGGGACCCUCCACAUGCCAACAACCAGAAUCUCAUCAAGAUGGACGGCAGCCAACUGCUAAGGAACAGAAUCUAAAUACCUGCUAUAGCAUGUACACCAGUGUGUAUGCACCUGUAGUUAUCGACAGUGAGUCUGACACAGAUGACUACAUCAAUUACCCUGCAGUGGAAAGUCCACAGGGUUUGAGUGCAGAAGACAUUGUUUCAGAACUGGCCUCCAAAAUAAACAAUACAUCAUACAACAGGUUCAACAUCAACAGGGCAAAUAUAUGGGAUGGGGCACUCAGAGGCUUUAAGCGACCAUCUUUUGACCCAUCACAUGAAAUUUUGGUUAAAUGCACUGAUGAUGAGGGGCAUACAGAGGAUGCAGUGGACACUGGUGGUCCCAAACGGGAGUUCCUCACCCUGCUGAUGGACUGCCUUAGAUCAAGGAGAAUCUUUGAUGAUCCUGAGGAUAGGAAAUUUCUCACAUUCGACUGUGCAGCUGCCAGAGAUGACGAAUAUUUUUAUGUUGGGAGGAUGAUCGCUACAUCAAUAGUACAUGGCGGUCCAGGCCCUAAAUUCUUGUCAGAAAUGCUCUACGACCACCUCACGGAAAAUCAACUGUUGAUACUGAAGCAAGGGUUGAGGACAUCACAGAUGAUACCAUGAGGGCUUCCUUGCUUGAGAUUUCCGCUGCAGCAACACUGGAUGAACUGCAUGCAGUUGUCGACAAACAUUCAAGUCUGUUGCAGACAGCUGGUUGUCUUCGGUACCCGAAGGUUGUGUUGGACAAGAAGAUAAUAACUAAGGACUUCAUGCAGUGGUACUUCAUUUACAGGAACCAUUUCUCAAUACAGAGGUUCAAGGAUGGGCUUUCAGCACUUAAUGUGACUCAUGCUUUGGAGCAGCAUGCAUCCAUAUUCAAGGCAUUUAUGUGCUCAAGUGUUGAACGACUAACAGCCACAACACUGGAGAAUCUUUUCGAGGUUCAACUAAGUGAACAAGGCACCACAAGACGCCAAGAGGAGACCAGAGCACUCGCAUUCUGGAGAGACUAUCUCCCCGAUACAGAAGAUAAACAAACAGGACUUUCCCUCGCUGAUAUCCUGAUGUUCGCCACAGGACUCAGUUCACUGCCCCCAUCUGGGUUUAACCCAAGACCAAAGCUGGUCUUUCAAAGGGUGUCUCGCUUCCCAUGCAGCAGAACCUGUGCCAACACAAUGGAAAUUCCACUCUCAAUGACAUAUGAAGAGUUUCAAAAGGACAUGGACUUUGGAAUAAAAAAUGCACCUGGUUUUGGACUGUACUAAUUUUUUUUGGUUCUAACAAACUGUUAGGUUGACCUUCAGUGUCUAUAGUUCAACAGUUAGUACCUGUAUUUCCAGUGUGGUUACAAAUCAGCCAGGUUCUUCAAUGUCAUAUAGAGUUCCACGCAGGACUCCCAGGUAAGUGGAUGCAUCAUCCCACUUUGACUCUGUAGAUCCUCAAAGCGUGACUGGAGAUGGUGAUCUCCACAUGUACUGUGUAUGGCCUCAGUCUGAAAUGGCUGCAGUUCCUAACCCACACUCAGUUGCACCAAACCUGGAAAUGAAAAUAUGUUGUAAGUCUUAGUGUUACAUGUUAGGGUUAAGGUAACGAGGACUAACGAGCUUGGACUCAGACUUUUACUUUUUCUACUAUUAUGUAAGUGCAACAAUUUUUCACAUAUUUUGAUAAUGCUGUUCAUUGUUAUGUUUUAUACUGUUAUUUCAGGGAAGAUAAAGUUAAAUACUGAAAACAAACCUGUGAGGUCGGUUGUAUAUGACCUCUGGUUUACCCGAAGGACAACGAGACAGUUUGACAGGUCUGAUUGUAUGAGUGUUCCACUUUUUUCUACAUUCAUCAAGGUCACGUUGUAGAACAUCCAUAAACACAAAUCGCAGGAGGCAUGUGUGCUCAUGACUACCAUUGUAGAGAUUUGUUUCUCUCAAAUCAUUCAGAAGGUCCAUCCAAAAUUGUGACCUGAAGACACAAGCUGAAAUGAGUUUGAUACAUUUCAUGUAAUGUUUUUGGAUACUAGUGAUUCAAUCUAAAAUGUUUUAAUCACAUGAAAAAUAUAAUUUGUUGUUCAUCAAAAAACAAUAAACAUGCAAGAACCAUAA